UGGACCAGCCUUUAACGAACCCAUAAGCAAUCUCUGCACAUUCAUUCGAUCUCCUCUCCAACCCUUUUCUAACCAUAAACCCUGAUCACAUAGAGAAAUACACCUAUACUACUCACCAUCAGUCUCUGCUUGCCAUGGGUUGCUCCUCAUCUCUUCCAGAUAGGACUUCUGGGCGUUUGGCUGGCCCGAACAUCGAGAAUGGCGGAGCGCCCGACCCGAAAAAUCUUCGCGUGAAGCUGGUUUUGUUAGGUGAUUCUGGUGUUGGUAAAAGCUGUAUUGUUCUUCGCUUUGUUCGUGGUCAGUUUGACCCAACAUCCAAGGUAACUGUUGGAGCUUCAUUCUUAUCACAGACAAUAGCUCUGCAAGACUCCACAACGGUUAAGUUUGAAAUAUGGGAUACUGCUGGCCAAGAGAGGUAUGCUGCAUUGGCACCACUUUACUACCGAGGUGCUGCAGUUGCAGUUGUUGUGUAUGAUAUAACAAGCCCAGACUCAUUCACCAAAGCACAAUAUUGGGUUAAGGAGCUACAAAAACAUGGAAGUCCUGAUAUAGUCAUGGCCUUAGUUGGUAACAAAGCUGAUCUUCAGGAGAAGCGAGAAGUACCAGUUCAGGAUGGCAUUGACUAUGCGGAGAAGAAUGGAAUGUUUUUUAUCGAGACAUCUGCAAAGACAGCAGAUAAUAUAAAUCAGCUAUUUGAGGAAAUUGCCAAGCGACUACCCCGCCCUCCCUCUUCAUGAAAUGGCAGAACCUUAAAACUGAAUUAACUCUGCUCUAGUUGUGGGAGCCCUUAUUUGUUUGAAAUAUUGAGCUUGUGUAUAUUGUGAUAUAUAUAUAAAAUUAAAACUUCGUUAUUA